AGGGAGGGAACGGAGAGACAGAGGACAACCCCAUAAGAGCACAACACAGACAGAGGAAGUGACUCGACAUUCCAGAUGGCGGACACAGCCAGGAGAAUUCUUGCAAGGGGCUCAACUUCACCACCAAACCAUCGCCCAUCAUUCAGCCCUCCCACUUCCAUCCUUCUCCAUUAGCUGGAACAUGCACGGCUGUGGGGAGCUGUUUGGUCCUAAAUUUGCUGCUCUGCCUCUCUCACUACUCUGAAGAAAAUGUGCCGACCACCAACCGCAGGCCCCAUAAAAACAAACAGACACAGCCAUGCCCAACUGGCGGAGGGGGCGCUAAGGUUUGCGAGGUGGUCGUAUAAAAGCAAAGAGGAGGCAGCGACUGGCACUCGCACAAACUACACCACGCUGUCAACAGAGACGGAUUACAGGAGGCCAGCGGAGAAGAUUCAUUAACAGAACUGUGGGCCCGAGUGGACCAUUUCUUUUUUCAUCAACAUGUCAAAGGUAUUUAAGAAGACCAGCGGCAACGGACAUAUUGCUCUGUACUUGGGAAAGAGGGACUUUGUAGACAAUGUGGAUUCAGUGGAAAUAGUUGAUGGGGUAGUAAAAGUGGACCCGUCUGGUCUUAAUGGCAGAAAAGUAUUUGUCUACCUUGCAUGCGCCUUCCGCUAUGGAAGUGAAGACCUGGAUGUCAUUGGGCUGUCCUUCAGGAGAGACAUCUGGAUACAACGUGUUCAGGUGUAUCCACCUACAGGCGGAAAUGCAACCAAAUCACCAAUGCAGGAAUCCCUCAUGAAGAAAGCUGGAGAGCAAGGAUGUGCCUUUUCAUUCCAAAUGCCACCAAAUCUCCCGUGCUCAGUUGCCCUGCAACCUGGACCAAAUGAUUCUGGCAAGGCCUGUGGAGUGGACUUUGAGGUUAAAGCAUACCUCGCCAACGCUGCUGACAGUGCAGAUGAAGUCAUUGAAAAGAAGGACACAUGUCGUCUGAUGAUUCGUAAAAUACAGUUUGCACCACCUAACGACAAGCCCGGGCCCAAGGCUGAGAUAUGCAAACAGUUUAUGAUGACUGACAAACCAGUUCACUUGGAGGCCUCCCUCCAAAAAGAGGUUUACUACCAUGGUGACCCAAUCACUGUCAAUGUAAAAAUCAACAAUGAAACCGCUAAGGUUGUAAAGAAAAUCAAAAUCUUCGUCGAGCAGCUAACAAAUGUGGCCCUCUACUCAUCCGACACUUACACCAAAGCAGUCUGCACCGAGGAGUUUGGGGAGACAAUCGAUGCCAACUCAACAUUUGAGAAGUCCUUCCAACUUAAACCCUUGCUGUCCAACAACAAUGAGAAGCGGGGUAUUGCAGUGGACGGACGGUUAAAGGAUGAAGACACUCACCUCGCUUCCACAACUCUGAGUCAAGGAGAUAAGGAUAUGCAGGGAAUCGUUAUCUCCUAUAAAGUCAAGGUCAAUCUAAUAGUGUCCGGUGGAGGUCUGUUGGGAGGCCUAACAGCAAGUGAUGUCACUGUGGAGCUUCCUCUGACACUGAUGUCCCCAAAACCGGCAGGGCCGACGUCAAGACGGAGUUCACGGAGGGAUGAGAUGACCAGCAAAGGAGGAUCGCUCAUCUGACAGAAAACAGAACACAAAGGCCGUCAGCACCACAUUAGGAGAGCUGUUCCACAGAUAGAGAAUUUUGUGUAUAAUUUCCCUCAAAGCCAACAUAGCAUGGAAAUAAACAUGUGCAAUGCAUUUUGGUUGCCGCAGAAAAAAAAGAUAUUAGACAUUUUUUUCCUCAAUGUGUCAUGAACACUGAGAUUUAUUGUUCUUAAUCCUUAUUACUGUGUGAGCAGAGCCAUGAAAUAUGUUUGACUGAAUGUGAAAUGAAAAUCCAUACUGCGUCACUCUGUAGAAAAGGGAAAGGGAAUAACACAUUGUUUCACCAUAUGUCUCUUUUGUUUUACUUUGGCAUUAUUAAAACAGAAGCAUUGCUUCUUUAGAGAAAGAAAGCACACUUGGAUAAGGGGCGAAGUUUUUGAGCUGUAUUGCAACAUUAUGUUCCCAGUCAUAACUUCAACUGUAAACAAUGUUACUUACGCAUAUAUCUUAAUAAAUGAGGUACAAAAAGCA